UAUUGACGUCCUCUCAGACAGGAAGUGUGAACCACUCUUUCCACCCUCCGCCCCCAAAUGGGCUCUGGAUCACACGGGCUCAAACUCAACGGAAUAAUGACGCUGUAGUUCUUGAUCACUUUGCUGUCAUUUCUACGAGUGAAUUUAUGGGUGUCCGACUCGCUCUUCAACGCUCUGUUGGCUCUUGAACUCGACUGGCCGUUGAUUCUUGCCUUCGAGGCAAGCUUCUCCGUCCUCCCGGGAGACAUGACCGUGGUGGGAGGAACGAAGCUAGCUUUUUAGUUGCAUCUGAUUUCUCAUCAGGCGGACCGGAUGCGAGAGGCGAGCUCGACCCCGACAUGUUACCCUCCGCGGCUGGGGGCGGUGGCUCGCGACCACGGCUGGCCCAAACAGCCGAGGUGACUCACCAUGGCUCUCAUGGGAUGGUCCGAGCUUAGACCUGCUGGAUGAAAACAAACCAGUGUUGUCUGCACCUAACCGGACCCUCGGGAGACUGUUGCUUCCUUUUUUUUUUUUUUUUUUUUUUCCCAAAGUGCGAAUCUUUUUUAAUUAAAUGAAACGAAAUACGCCAGAAGACCGACCUUACCGAUGGAGCAGUAAAUGAUGGCAGCUAAAGAGGAACUCUACGCCAAAGUGACCCCGCGGAGACAGCGCCAGACCCGGGCAGGUACCGUCAAACAUGGGUCAACUCUGGACGUGCUUCUGUCCAUGGGCUUCCCGAAAACCAGGGCCUUGAAAGCCUUGGUUUCGACAGGAGGAAAAAACGUCCAGGCAGCUUGUGACUGGCUCUUUUCCCAUGUGGACGACCCCUUCCUGGAUGACCCUCUGCCCAGGGAGUAUGUGUUAUAUCUGCGACCUAGUGGCCCACUGCUCCAGCAACUCUCGCUCUUCUGGCAGCAAUCUCGCCUCACCUGCGGCAAAAACAAGGCACACAACAUCUUCCCUCACAUCACUCUCUGCCAGUUCUUCAUGUGCGCCGAUGGGAAAGUGGAGGCUCUGACAGAUGCCCUCCAGUCUUCAGUUUCGAAGUGGAAAGGUCGUAUACCCAUGCCACUUCCACUGGAGCUGUACACUUCCUCCACCUUUAUUGGCCUCUUUGUGGAAGAGCAAGUAGCAGAAGUGCUCAAGAGUUUUGCGGCUGAUUUUGCCAAUGAAACGGAAACUAAAGCAGAUGUGCAUGUUGAGCACCAUAAGAAGCAACUGCAUGUUACGUUGGCAUACCACUUUCAAGGCAGCCAUCUUCCAGUCUUAGAAAAGUUGGCCAAGAAUGUGGAUGUGUCGUCAGGGUGUGACUGGCUGGCUGUCCUCUUCUCCCGGGAUAUUCGUUUUGCUAAUCAUGAGACACUGCAAGUCAUGUAUCCCUACGUGCCUCAAAAUGAUGAUGAACUUGAGCUGGUGCCUGGAGACUUCAUCUUCAUGUCGCCUAUGGAGCAAAGCAGCGCCAGUGAGGGUUGGGUGUACGGCACGUCCCUGGGCACAGGAUUGUCCGGCCUGCUGCCCGAAAACUAUGUCAGCCGUGCUGAUGAGUCUGACACGUGGGUUGUUCAUGGGUCUCAUUCUAUUCUCAAUUACACCGCACCGUCUAAUACUGGCAGCACCCUUGGUGGGUUACUGUUUGAUGAACAGCACACUGACAGUCUGCUUGACAGUCUGGUGGAUCCUCCCAGCCUGGCUGCACUCUGUCCUCCCAUGCAGGUGACACGGUCAGCUGGUCAAUCCUCUCUGUCUAAAAUGAGAUUGUUUGUGUGUCGACACGGGGAAAGGAUGGAUGUUGUGUUUGGGAAACACUGGGUCACUCAGUGCUUUGACGCCAAAGGCAGAUACAUUCGCUCAAAUCUCAAUAUGCCAUCCAGCCUGCCAACCAGAAGCGGCGGUCACAGGGACUAUGAUAAAGAUUGUCCAAUUACUGUGUUUGGUUCCUCUCAAGCCCGUCUCGUAGGCGAGGCCUUGUUGGAAAGCCACACCACAAUCGACUUUGUUUAUUGUUCUCCUUCACUUCGCUGCGUCCAGACUGCUCAGCACAUUCUGCAGGGUCUCCAACAAGAGGGAAAGACAAAAAUCCGUGUGGAGCCUGGGCUUUUUGAAUGGACCAAGUGGGUUUCAGGAACCAGUUUACCCACCUGGAUCCCCCCAACGGAACUGGCUGCUGCGAAUCUGAGUGUGGACACAACAUAUAGACCUCGUAUUCCCAUUAACAAACUAGUGGCGUCUGAGUCCUAUGACACCUACAUCAGCCGGAGCUUCCAAGUGACUCGUGAAAUCCUCUCAGAGUGCAAAAAUAUGGGAAACAAGGUCCUGUUUGUGGCCCAUGCUUCCUCCCUGGAGGCCUGCACUCGGCAGAUACAAGGACUCAGCCCACAAAACUCCAAGGACUUUGUUCAAGUUGUGCGAAAGAUUCCCUACUUGGGAUUUUGUGCUUGUGAAGAAAUGGGAGAGACGGGCGUGUGGCAGCUGGUUGACCCUCCCAUCCUGCCUUUGACACAUGGACCCAAUCACAGCUUCAACUGGAGGGAAAUGCUAAUGCAAGACUGACGAAUACCACACACAUUUCUGUUAUCAUUCUGAACACCAUAAUCAAUAUUUAUUUUUUACCUAAACCGCUACCAAACAAAAAAAAAUUAACAAGCAUGUCCAACUUCCAUGAACAGCAUCUUGUCAAAAACAUGCAUUUUAUUGGGGACAAAUAUAUUGAGGUGUGCAGCUCAGGAAUGUGAAGAUUACAGCAAACAGUAGCUGGACUCAUGUCUUUGUAUUCUCUCACCCGCAUAUACACUGUGACAAGAAUGAUAUGAAAGUGACUACAGGAAUGCUUUCCUCUGUAACAAAGUAUUAUUUGACUUGUGGUUCCAGCUUAAUUCAGGAAGAAGCACAAAAGGAAGGUUGACAGGGAGGAACUGACCAAUAUUAUUUUCAUGAUGGAAACGAGUUGUUUCUUGUACCUAAUUUUACUCCAGUAAAUGUAAUACUGCACCAUUAGCCAUUCUGUUGUCCCAGCGUUUUCUUCUUAUUAUUAUUAUUAUUAUUCAGGACACAAUGCCGUCAUAACCCCCACUGGAACUUAAUGUAGUACAUGUUUUCAAUUGUUUUUGUUGCAAUGAAAUGUUAUACUUUAUAAACGUCUGUUUUUCCAUUUCACUUUUUAUCAAUUCAUUGAGCUGUAAAUCUAGAGAUAUCAGACAAAAUGUUUUAUGAAUACAAACAUCCCCGUUGGGUUUACACAUGAAUAAAGGUGGUGGAGUCACUGUAUUAGA